AUGAAUAUUAAAUAAAUAAAAUACAAUAAGAAAAAUAAAAUAAUAACAUAAAAAAAUGAUUACUUAACCAUUAUUAUAAAAAUAAACAUAAUAAAUAGAAGUCAAAGUAAAAAAAAUAUAUUAAUAUAUAUUUUUAUUAACUAUUUUUUUUUUAAAAAAAAGGAUUCAUUUUUAAAUAAAGUCCACAGGCGUUUUUUCGGUCCAAAAAUUUAAUAAACACCGCGAAAAAUAUAUUUAAAUGGAUUAGUUAGUCCUCAGAAUUAUUUUUAAAAUAUAGUAAAGAAUUAAAAAUAUUCUAUUUUUACUUUUGUAUUUAUUGUUCUUUUUAAUGAAUUUAAAUAUUUUUUUAAUUUAUUUUUUUUAAUUAUUGCCAUAUCGUAAUUCGUUCCUAUCUUAAAAGUAGGACUUUUAUUUGCUUAUGUAGCUCCUUUAUCUUUAGUUUUAUGUUUGACAAUGCUAAAGGAAGCUUACGAUGAUAUUAAACGUUAUAAAAGAGAUAAAGAAGCCAAUUCUUAAUUAUAUAAAGUUUUAGAAAUAAAAGAAGAAUAAUAAUUUAUAAAAAGCUCAGACCUUAAAGUAGGAAAUAUAAUAAAAGUAGAAGCAGGUUAGAGAAUUCCUGCAGAUUUAAUAUUAUUAUCUUCUGCUGAUAAUUCAGGUGAUGUUUUUAUAAAAACGGAUUAAUUAGAUGGUGAAACCGAUUGGAAAUUAAGAAAGCCUGUUCAUUUAAUUAAUUAAAAAGUAAUUUAAUAAGGAAUAGAUUGUAUUUUGAAUAUAAAUGGAUACUUUGAAAUAUAGAAGCCAAUAGAAAAUAUAUAUUAAUUUAUAGGAGUUUUAAAUUUGACAAACGAAGAUAAUUAAUAAGUGAAAGAAUCAAUUUCUUUGGAAUAAACAAUGUGGUCAAGUACAGUAUUAGCAUCAGGAUAAAUAUAUGGUUUAGUAAUUUUUACAGGAAAUGAAACUCGCAUGGCUAUGAAUUCUAGAGAAACUAGAUCCAAAUUUGGAUAAUUGGAUUGUGAAUUGAAUUAUUUAUCUAAAUUGUUAUUUGUUUUUAUGAUUAUUAGUAGCUUAGUGUUAGUCAUUUUAAAUGGAGUAAAGCUUGAGUCUUAUACUUUAAUAUUAUUUUUUAGAUAUGUGCUUUUAUUGAGUUCUAUUAUACCUAUUUCUAUGAGAGUUAAUUUAGAUUUUGCAAAGCUUAUUUAUUGCUACAAAAUUAAUGUAGAUAAAGAAAUCGAAGGGACAGUAGCUAGAUCUAGUUAGAUACCCGAAGAAUUAGGAAGAAUUUAAUUUCUUUUAACAGAUAAAACAGGAACUCUUACAUAAAAUGAUAUGAUUUUUAAAAAACUUUAGUUAGAAUAAGGAGUGUUUACUUAUGAAGAAAUAGAAGAUUUAAAAUAAAUUGUUAGGUCUUAAUGUUAGAAAUCAUUAGGACCUAUGGUAGAUGUUGAAUAGUAUUAUUUAAAAAUGGAAAACGAGAGUUAAAAUAUAAUUAAUUCUAAUAAUAAACAUAAACAUAUUCGAAAUAUAAGAAGAGAUAAAAACUAAAUUAUAAGAGAUUUAGUAACGGCACUUGCUGUUUGUCACAAUGUAACACCUAUAAUAGAAGAAGGAAAACCAAAACAAUUAUAAUCUUCUUCACCGGAUGAAGUCGCUUUAGUUUAAAUAGCAGAAGAUAUAGGCUUUAUAUUAUAAAAAAGAAGCUAAUAAUCAAUUUAAAUAUAAAACGGAAACAAUGAAAUAGAAAAUUAUUAGAUUUUAAAUAUUUUCCCAUUUUCAAGCGAAAAUAAAAAAAUGGGAAUUAUAGUAAAAUAAUUAGAAACUAAUAGAUAUAUUUUCUAUUUAAAAGGAGCAGAUACAGUAAUGAAAAAUAAAAUACCUGAGUAUUAAAGAGGUUUUUUAUUAGAUGCUUGCGAAAAUUUAGCUAGGGAAGGCUUAAGAACACUUAUUAUUACAUAAAAAUACCUUACUUAAAAUUAAUAUGAAGAAUGGGCAAAUCGUUAUUUUUAAGCAAAUACAUAAUUAUAAAAUAGAGAAGAAAAAAAAAAAGAAGUUUUAUAAUCAAUAGAAAAAAAUAUGGAAUUUUUAGGAAUUACAGGCGUAGAAGAUAAACUAUAAGAUGAAGUUUGUUAAACAUUAGAAUCAUUAAGAAAUGCUGGAAUAAGUAUUUGGAUGUUAACUGGAGAUAAAUUAGAAACUGCUAUAUGUAUAGCUAUUUCAGCUGGAUUAAAAAGUAAUUAAUAAUAUGAGUAUAUUAUAAAAGAAGCUGAAGAUCCAUAUAACUUAUAAUAUGAAUUAUAGAGAUUUUCUCAUAGCAAUAAUUCUAUUUUAAUUAUUGAUGGAAUAUCAUUAAAACUUGCAUUAGACAAUCAUGAGAAAUUAUUUUUUGAAAUUUCAACUAAAGCAUCAACCGUAAUUUGUUGUAGAUGUUCCCCUACAUAAAAAUCCCAAAUAACAUUGGCAAUUAAGAAAUAUACAGGAAAAAAAACAGCAGGUAUAGGGGAUGGAGGUAAUGAUGUAGGAAUGAUAUAAAGUGCAGAUGUAGGAAUAGGAAUUGUUGGAAAAGAAGGUACUUAAGCGGCUUUGGCAGCAGAUUUUUCCAUUAAAAAAUUUAAAAAUUUAAAUAGAUUAUUGCUUUGGCAUGGUAGACUUAGCUAUAAAAGAAGUUCGGCCUUAUCAUAAUUUGUUAUUCAUAGAGGACUAAUCAUUUCAAUUAUUUAAGCUAUAUUUAUUGUUUGUUUCUUUUUUGUCCCGAUUCCAGUAUAUAAUGGAUAUUUAAUAUUAGGAUAUUCUACUGUUUUUACAAUGUUCCCUGUUUUUUCAAUUGUAUUUGAUGAAGAUGUGGAUGAACUUACUGCUAUAAAUUACCCUCCAUUAUAUAAGAGUCUUUAAAAAAAUAGAGAAUUAAAUACUAAGACUUUUAUUGGAUGGCUUUGGGUUAGUAUUUAUUAGGGAACUAUAAUUAUGAUUUUAUCUUUUUAUAUAUUCAAAAAUGCUUUUAUAAGUAUUCAAACUAUAACUUAUGCAGCACUUAUUGUUUCCGAAAUUUUAAAUAUUUUGUUUUCUAUUAAUAAAAUACAUAUUAUUAUGAUUAUUUCUAUGCUUUGUUCUAUUCUUAUUUAUGCUUUAUCUUGCUUUUUGCUUAAAAAUUAUAUUGAUAUUAGUGAAAUCGAUUUUUAAUUUUUUUAAUACUUAUUUUACGUCACUUUGGCUAGUUGGUGCCCUCCUUUUUUUUUUAGUUUUAUUAAAAAAAGAGUAGAUCCUUCUGAUUAUGAAAAAGUUAU